GGAUUACCCGUAUAUUGAGCCCCCUAACCCCACCCCAACCCUCAUUCUAAGGUGGUACCCAGGGCUGGGAUGGUGCGUAAAGGAAUGCCGCAUCUGUGGGGUGCGUUCAGUGCGCCCACGGCAGAUGGAGCGCUGCGCUGUUGAUCGUAGGGUUAAUUCCGACUGGAGAGGGCGUGGUUUAGAUCAAUAAUAACCGCCACAGUCACUCCCAAGUUGGUCCCUACCAGUAGCAGCCUCUCUUGUCAACUGUUAAAAAAUAUAUAGAGACACAACAAAAAUCAGCGUCCUAACAGGAGGUGGAGACAAGUCCUAUUUCCCGGAGAGGAAAUAAAAAAAGCGCUGGAUGUGCGCAGCAGCUCUCCUCCUCCUCCUCCUUCUCCCACCUCCACCGGAGGAAAUCACUCUGCUGAUCUGAAGGAGGUGCGACCUGAAAUUACCGUUUGGUCGCGUCUCCGCCACGGCGCAGCACCACGGCGGAUUUCAGAGCGGGACUGGGAAGAAAAGACGCUUCAGAGUAUUGUUAGACGAACAGCGGACGGAUGGGAUAAACCGCGAGGAUCGUCGGUUGAAGUGAACUCAUCCAAGGGGCGCACAGGCUGACUGGUUCAUCGGGACUGCCACUGCCUUACGUAACUGAGCUUUGUGGAGGAACGGGCAGGGGAAACCUCUGGUGCCGAGGUGUUUAGUCACAGCGAGGAGACGCAGGUGAAGAGAGGAGCACAGUCACAGGUUCGUGCGUCCGCUCGCCAUGAUCAGUGAGGACGCCCACCGCCUGUGAGCGCGCUGAGAUGAACGAGAACCACAGGCAAGGAGGAGGGGCUGUCACCGUGGAGGCUGAUCCCUUCCUCCAAGCAGCGAACCCUGACUUUAUCACCCGCACUGACAAAAACCGGAAUCUAUGUCCAGGCUUCGUCCAGGGGUUCUUGCAGGAUGAGCAGGAUUUCAGCCCUCCACCAGUGUUUGAGAAGGAGUACCUGCUGGACGGAAGGCUGAUGGAGAACAACCACAUCGAUCAUCAGAAAGAUAGCAACUCGUACAUCUCGCGAAGAGAUCAGUUUCACCUUUCGGAUCAUAAGGGAAGUCUGGAUUCUCCUCCUCACGGCCGCUCUGCUGUGUCCAACCAUACUGCCGGCAUGCAACAAAAUUGCACAAGCGGGGAGAUCCACAAUGGCGCCAGAGCCAAAGUGUCUUACAGUGCAGAUUCUUCCAUAUGCUCCCCAAACCUCGAGAGCAGGGACGGCCGCCAGGAAGCUGAAAACGCACAGCCUAAAAAAGAGACUGAUCUAGUCAUAGAAGUAGGCGGGCAGACGAUCAACGCUCACAAGUCUGUCCUGGCAGAAAAGAGCGACUACUUCAAGGCACGGCAGUCGCGCAACAUCCUGAAAGUGAAGGGCGUCAAUUACAAGACUUUGUCCACGCUCAUAGACUACAUUUACACUUCUCAGAUCAAUGUCACCAAGGACAACGUUGUAGAUGUCAUCACGGGGGCUAAAAUCCUCCAGAUCCCCUGUGCCGUGCAGGCGGCCAUGGACUCCAUGUCCGAACAAAUCACGGCCGAGAACUGCUACGAGAUCCUGACCAUCGCCAAAAAGCAGCGGCUGAGCGAGCUGAAGGAGACGGCGUAUGGAUUCCUGAGCGACAACUUCCUCCAGAUCCUCAAAGACCCCGCCGUCUAUGGGCGCCUGACCGGGUCUGAGAGGGAUCUGAUCCUUAAGAAGAGAAUGGAGGGGACGAAGACGCUGAUGGUCGCGGAGAUAAAUGAUGUGUUCGACCGGGUUGGGAGCCGGCCUCCGAGCCGCUGUGGCAGCCGGCCCCAGAGCCCCUUGUCGGUGGGGUCUUUGGAGGACAACCACAUGAUAUACCUCUUUAAUGAAACAGCAAACGACUGGAGACCUUUGACUGCGAUGCCUGAGGACAUAAACACUAAAGGGUGCGGGAUAUGCACCAUGUAUAACUACCUGUUUGUGGCAGGGGGUAUAAGGGGCUACGGGGACAAGGGUAAGGUUUCAGACAAGGUCUUCUGUUACAACCCUGUCACCAACCGCUGGUCCGAGGUCAGACCUAUGAACCAGGCACGAGCCCAGCUGAAGCUUGUAUCUAUGGACAGCUACCUUUACGCCAUUGGAGGGGAGUGUUUGUUUACGGUGGAAAAAUACGACCCUCGAAUGGACCGCUGGACUACGGUGGCCCCCUUGCCCAAAGGAGCCUUCGCGGUGGCCCACGAAGCCACCACCUGCGGCGGAGAACUUUACGUUUCGGGGGGCUCUCUGUUCUACCGCCUCCUCAAGUACGACCCCAAGAGGGACGAGUGGCAGGAGUGCCCCUACAACAACAGCAGGAAGAAGUCCACCGACAUGGUGGCGCUUAAAAGCUUCAUCUACCGCUUCGAUGUCAACCGCGAGCAGGGCAUCAACGUCUUCAAGUACAACACCAUAGUGAAAAUGUGGCAUGACUGCGCGUCUCAGAAGCUCGGCAGCCACUUACCCUUCAGGUGCGCCGUCAUCGGGAACUGCAUCUACUGCGUGAACAAAAGCCAGACUCUGCAGUUCAUGGUGGAGGAGGAGAACGCCUACUUUGUCGAGGAGACGCUGAGGGCGCCGCUGGAGGCCAAAGGCGUUCUUUUUCCUUUUGUUCUCACUUUGCCCGAGAAGCCUGACAGAGUUACAUAAUGUGCUACCCAAUUAACGUGUCAAUAAGCAGAAGACGCACUCUUCAGUGUCAGCUUUGUGUCUCAGUGUUCCUUUGCCUGCUUCCAAGAAUGUGUGUAUUUGCAUGGAAAUGUAAUGCAUCUGCAGGGUUAAGCCUUAAAAGGAAAACUUUUUCUUUUGUUUUUUUUUUUAAAUGUUGAACGAAUGCUAUGAUAUUUGUAGAUAAUGACACGAUGAAAGUGAUUAUUCUGUGUUUUGUUUGGUGCACUUUUGUAGUUAGAUAUUAUUCAGAACAUAUUAACUAGCUGACUGGUGACUGGUAACGAAAAUGUGUUGAGUUGAAAACUGUAUUCAAAAGGUGGAAUCAGUCACAUUGCGCUCUGUGAACGACGUGCGAGCACAGGUUCUAUGCAAAUGAGGUAGAUCUGCUGUGAUGCUGUGGUGUUUGUGACUGGAACUGGUAGGAUCUCAAACCAUGGUCUGCACUUCCUCCGAUUAACCCUGGGACCACGCAAAUAUUCCUCCGAGGACUUAAUUAAUUUUACUGGAACGGCUUCAACAAAGAAAGGAGCUAAUGGUUUGUAAAACCAUUGAACCGACUCAGGCAGAAGGAGGGUGGGGUUCCUGUGCUUGCCCCGGCCACUAGGAGAUGAUGUGGAGGAGGAAAUGAAUUUCCGAUCAGUCACAAUAAUUGAGCUCGGCCUCACUGUGAUGUGUGGUUUCAUUUCUGGGGCGGUAACAGCCGUAGGGUUGGGGUAGCUGCGACGCAGAAGCAUAAAUCCGGCUUUACAAAGCAGCUACGGAGCUCAGGGGACAUCAGGGUACAUUUCAAAUGAGAAACUGGAUGAAUUAUGGUAAAAGCACAGAAAUGACACAUGUGUUUUUUAAAUUCUGAAUAUGCGGUUUUGCUAUAUUCAUGGUUGUAACAGUUCCUCCAUUUAGCUCAUUUGCCAAAGAUCGAACACUCUUCUUCAAACAUCUUCAUCUUAAUUUUGUUUCACUUUCGACCUACUAACGCCACCACACUAAAACUUAAAGCAAUAGACAGUUUCAUAAGGGAGGACCAUUAUGUUUGCUGCUCCCAGACAACUUCUGGAUAGGAGUGCUGGUUAUUCUUAAUAAAAAAAAGAUGCUUCCCUCAUCUUUCUUUCCUGCUACCAGGUUACUUUAGUGGUUAGGGUUUUAUCAGGUCAAAGGUCAAAUGAGUCCAUUGCCCUCGCUGGUUCCACAAACAGAGACUUCCUGGUCUUAUGACACUAUUAAGCCAUGUUCCUCUUGCAUCAGUGCACAUUAAUACUAAAAAAAAAUUAUGCUCUGACUUUCCUCCUUUUAGACAUUUGACGGUAUUCGUUUGCUGCUGCAGUGACACAGUGGGGCUUUUGUACGGACGCUAACGCUGAUAUAUUCCCAGAACAAACUGCUUUUGAUAACGUUUGUAGAAGUGUCUCCAAGCAGUCGAUGUGACGCAGACAACAUGGAUGUGGUUUUGAUAUCUCGCUGGCAGGCAUCUGUAUUUUUGUGAAUUUUUGUAUGGAUUUUAACUGACGGGUCUGCUGCUGUGAUGGACGGUAAAGUGACGCAACGCGAGGCAAUGGCUUCCUGUCAGUGGCGCCUGGAGUGAGCUAGCAAUUAAGCUGUUGGAUAAUGUAUUUCAGUCAAAACUAAGUGCUUCAAAUAAAAUAUUUUGUGUCUGAAAUGA